UGGCGCAAUGGCACCAUGUUCCGAUCACGGUGUCUUGACUGAGGACUGAUGCAAACGUACCUAGUUAAGAGAUACAUAUGUGAACCGCCUCGUCGCUGAGCUGGCGCCCCCUCCCAAGCCCCCGAAGAGUCCACUCCGAUUCCAUUGCCGUGGUGUCCGCCUGGAUAGGUCCGACCUUCGCACAGAAUUUUCCUCAUUUGUAAGAUACUAGCACCUUUUUUAAGGUUCCACACGCGACAUGGGUCCCGAUAUGCGCACCCGAACCCGGAAUCCACCACCGAAGAAAACAUAUCACUGGCAACAUGUCCUCGCAGCAACGCGCGAUCCUUCCCAAGCCGCCGGGCGACUCGUCCGGAUACGCACAAACCCUUCCACCGGGCGCCGGUAACCCUUCCAGUAAGAAACGGUCGAUCAUCGGCGUCGCGUGUGCCGCAUGCCAAACCCGACGUACCAAGUGCGACGGUGCCCGUCCGGUCUGCUAUUCGUGCGGGCUCAAAUGGACGCCCUGCCAUUACGAAGUCCCAUCAGGUCUGACUCGGUCGGCGGCACGAAACGAGCGGAUCGAGAAGCUCGAAGCCGACAAUGCGACGAUGGUCGAGAUCCUGUGGUUCUUGCAAACGAAAUCGGCCGAGGCGGCGAAUGACUUUCUCCAAUUUAUCAGGACAGGAUCGGUCGAUGUCCAUUCCAUGCGACAGUGGCUUAAAGAUCGGAUCGGGGACGGAGAUGGACUCGGUUCACCCCCGAUCCACCUGUCAGCUGCCUCCAUCAACUCCCUAGAUGAUGGGUCACACAUGGAAUCUUCGGAAGCGCCAAGCGAAUCGGCGUCGAGGGCAUCGAUGAAGGCGGUGGACGCGGAAGCGAGCGGUGCGGCAUCCAAGACUCAGGAAGCACAAGGCUUGAAUCUACGCUAGAGCAGCCAAAAUAUAACCAUCGUGUCGAUGACGGAGGCGAUCACGGCCUUCUCUGAAUGCACAGGCACCCUGUACUAUGCGUUCACUCAGGAGCAGGUCGACGACCUCCUUCACUCCGCAUUUGGGCAGAUGACACAGCCCGAGACCGCGUUCCUCGACGUGUUCAAGGAGAACGCCGACCUGCAAGACCGGGCGCGCAUUGCCGAACUGUGUGGAAUGGCGGCC